AUGUACGACAACGACGCACCCAUUGAAUUCUUCACCGAGGAAGGCCUUUCGCGGCUCUUCCAGGGAUGCACGCGCCUCGAGGACCUCUAUCUCGAGUCCCCGCCGGGUCUGCCCGCCAUUCCCGCCACCAUCAGCACCCUCGCGCCGCGCCUCGCUCACCUGCACCUCGAGGCGCACGUGCUCCGCCUCCCCGACGCCUUCACGAGCUUGCGCGCGCUGCGCACGUGCGUGCUCCACAUGCCCGCCCUGCACGAGCUGCCUCCAGGCUUCGGCAGUCUGACUUGCCUCACGUCGUUGCAGCUGGAUGAGUGUCAAUCGCUCACUUCACUCCCCGAAUCUUUUGGGGAGCUUGCGAAAUUAAGCCGACUUACCGUCAGCGGCUGCAGGAGCUUCCGCCUGCCGGAGUGCUUUCCUGCGCUUCGAUCGCUCAAAGAGUUUCAGAUUACGUGUUGCGAGGCGCUCUCUGAACUGCCCGAAAAAUUCGGGCAGCUGCCAGCACUGGAGAGCGUGGUUAUGGAGGAGGUGAACGGGAUCACAGGCCUUCCUGAAUCCUUCGGGCAGCUGCAGCGGCUGCAGUCGCUUUCCAUCAACGACCUCUCGUCUCUGCCCUCCUCCAUGCCCGACCUAUCAUCACUCACAUCACUCGACCUCAACGCGCCGGAGCUUUCGGUGCUGCCAGAUGGCUUCGGGCGCUCUUCGAGUCUCCGGACGUUGAACCUACUCGCUGGCAGUUUCACACGCUUGCCUGACUCCUUACCUCUCGCCGCUACAUUGCAGCAGCUCAUUCUUCACAGUCUGCAGUCGCUAGCAUCACUGCCCGAGGACUUGGGUAACCUCAGCAGCCUGCAGUGGCUCGAUAUUGUGGAAUGCACCCGGCUGCAGCAGCUGCCCGCCUCGCUGUGCCUGCUCUCGUCCCUCACACGGCUGACAGUGAGUGGAUGCCCUGCACUGGUGGUGCUACCACAUGCCAUGGGCGAUGGGCUGCACAGUCUACAAGAGCUCACUCUCAACUGCAAGAGCCUCACCCACCUGCCGCCGUCCUUCUUCAGGCUGACCUCGCUUGAGCAGCUGAGCAUCGUUCACCUGCCGUGCGUGAGAGGGCCCCUGCCAGACGCCUUGAGCCGCUUCACACGGCUGAGGGAGCUCUCUCUCGUUGCCAUGCCGCGCCUCACCGCCCUCCCGGCGUCGCUGGCUGCCCUCGCCCCCACGCUCACCAGCCUGCGAGUGUCGUGCUGCAGCGAGCUGAGGGACGUGGCAGAGGAGCUCGCCCAGCUGUCCAUGCUCCACACGCUCACACUCACGCGCUUGGAUAGCUUGAAGUCGCUCCCGCGGUCGCUCGGCCAGUUAGCCAUGCUUGAGAAGCUCACCAUCACGGGCGCUACCCUGGCCAAAUGCUAUGCGCUCUGCUUUUGA